AUGGUUGAUCUCCCCCGGUUCUCCUUCACUAUCCCAAGUAUCGAAACCUGCCCAAGUACUGACACCUCUGAAAAAGAUGUGAUUGGUGCCAUUUUCAGUCAUCUCAAUAUGCCACUGAUACCAGAAGCACAUAAUGCAGAAGAAAUAAAUGAAAAGCCAGAAGAGCCUGAAGAGAAGGUCCUUGUUCCAGUGCAGAUCACAGACCGAAUCUUCUUCCUUGAUUUAGCCAAUAAAAAACAGACAACCAUCCCAUGGCAAGUUUUUGAACUGGAAGACAUUGAAGAAUUGCAUCUGGAGAGAAAUAUGAUUGAGGCCAUUCCAGGAAGUAUCUGCCGUCUUCGGAAUAUGAAAGUUCUUUAUCUGAAUAAGAACAAUAUCAGAGAGAUAUGUGAAGAGCUCGGCGAAUUGAAAUCCCUCCAGAGCUUGGAUUUAAGUAGUAAUCCUCUCUCUCCCUAUUCACUGGAUAUCCUUAGUCAACUGAGGGGUUUACGUCAGCUCCGGUUAUAUGAUGUAAACCUGGAUGAAUUCCCAGUGGAAAUCUGCAAACAUCUUCACCAUCUGGAGCUACUCGGACUUUCUUCAAAUAAUCUAAAUUGUCUUCCCAAGGAAAUAAUAAAUUUGACCAAACUGAAAGAGAUUUAUUUACAAAACAAUAGAUUUGAAGAUUUCCCAACUGAACUUUGUCAUCUUUAUAAUCUGGAAAUAAUUGAUGUGGAAAAAAACAGCCUGAGCGUUAUUCCAGAUGAAAUUGCCUCUCUCAAAAAUUUAAACCAGUUGUUUGUCGCAUUCAACAACCUGACAGCCGUGCCUGACUCCCUCAGCCAGCGCUUGAAAAUGGCGGUGCUCGAUGUGUCCCAUAACCGCCUUCACAAACUCCCUCGAAGUUUAAAGCUUCUGACUGAAAUGAAAGAAUUUGGGUUAUCUGGGAACCACCUGGCUGCAUUUCCACGUCAGAUCCGCCGCUGGAGGUCACUCAGUGUGGUUUACAUGAAAAACUGUGCCCUGCAAGUGGUACACCCAUCAUUUGCCAAGCUAACUGCUAUGAAGAUAUUAGACCUAAGGGAAAAUCUCCUGGAAGAGUUUCCAAGAGAGAUUUGUGCAUUGGAAAACCUGGAAGUGUUAUCAUUAGAUGACAAUAUGAUCUGUGAGAUACCUCAGUCAGUGGCCAGGCUUUCUCAGCUGAAGUGUCUCAGUGUGACUGGCAACAAAUUUUUCUCAUUUCCUGAGGAAAUCUUACUUCUCCAAUCGUUAGAGAAAUUGUACAUGGGGCAAGACCUUGGGACCAAAUUUACAGAACUACCCAUGGAAAUCUACAAGUUACAGAACUUGAAAGAGCUGUACCUUGAGAACAACGAACUGGAGUAUCUUCCACCAACCAUAGGCUUGCUGAAUAACUUAGAAAUACUAGACUGCCGCAACAAUUUUCUUAUUGAGCUACCUGACUCCAUAUGCCAAAUACAAGGUUUGCAAAAAAUAUUUCUUGAGAGCAAUCAGCUAUUUCAACUCCCGGAGGACUUGGAUAGCCUAGGGAAACUGCAGGUUAUUACGCUGUAUGGAAACCCCAUGAUGUAUCCCCCAGUGGAAGUAUUCAGUCAGGGGAUGGAGGUGAUAUACAAGUACUUGCAGGAGCAAAGGAGACGCAAGGCCAUGGCUAUCAAGGUCCAGGCUUGGUGGCGUGGCCUCAUGGUUCGCAAAGGGCUUGGUGCCUUCACUGAGGUCUUGAGAAUGUUGAAGAGAGCUAAAAAAGAAAAGAAGGAGAAGAAAGGCAAGGAAAAAGGGAAAGGAAAAGACAAGGGAAAGGGAAAGGGUAAAAAGAAGUAA